AUGACCAACUUAGACGCCGUUUGGAAUGUCCCUUUGGUAGAGGCAGAUCCGACUCUGGCUCCAAAGCCGGCCGGGCUGGACCCGAAAGGUAGCCUCGCGACGAAGGACAAUAUUAUUUGCGUGAUUAUGGUUGUAGUUGCAACUAUUAUGCUUUCGAUUCGAUUCUUUGUGCUGUUAUGGGUGCAGAAAAAUCGACCAUUUGUUGAUGACUGGCUUAUGCUAUCUUCUAUAGCCCCUUUGACUGUACUUACAGCAAUUGGAUAUUAUGGUGGCGUACAUUAUGGACUUGGGAUGCAUAUCUGGGGUCAAACACUUGGACCAUUGGUUGUGCAAGAGAAGAGAACAUUCGCUUUUAUCAUUCUCUAUGUCUUCCAACUGUUCCUGAUCAAGCUGUCAAUCUUGAUGUUCUACCGCCGCAUCCUGGGAAUGAACUGGAUGAUCAUCGCAAAUCUAGUUAUCAGUGUGGCUUAUGCUAUUGGCAGUCUGAUUGCCAUUCUAGCCGGACCUGUCCCAUUGCACUAUUACUGGACGCAAUACAUCGAUGCGAGCGGCGGCUAUUAUAGAUACGACUUCUACUACUUUUGGCUUGGCAAUGGGAUUACCAAUGUGAUAUCAGACAUACUCAUUUUUCUGGUGCCAAUUCCAAUUGUGUGGUCACAGAAUAUGCGUGUGAGACAAAAGCUCAUUCUUUCUGUUCUCCUCGGACUAGGCGUAACCGUCAUAGUCGCAAGUGGCGUUCGACUUCACUAUCUGAAGACCCUCAAAACGAACCCCGAUCUCACCUAUGUCAUGGGAACCGUCUUUUUGUGGUCCCAACUCGAGCCAUGCCUAGGGAUAAUCUGCGCCACUUUCCCAGCAAUCCAGCCUUUCUUCAGAUUCUUUCUCAAGGUUGAAUACAGGGCAUACCUCGGUAGCAAGUUCAGCUUUACUUCGAAGAGCGCAGGUAGCUCUUCCGGAGUAACUGGCUUUGACUCGCGACUUGACUUUAUGAACGGGAAAAAAGAAGAUGAGAUGCAGCUUACUAUUGAGGCCCAUGCAGAAACUGAACGCAAUAGGCAAGAGAGAGAGAAGCUUCAACAGUACAUUGGACCGAUGUUUAUUCGAGUACAGCACGAUGUGGAGUUGACAGUUGAGGAAGCGAGGGCUUCUCGGAUUCAAGUUUGA